AUGUCGAAAUCAAUUGCAGUAUUUGGUGGUAAUGGAUUCCUAGGUCGCAAAAUCUGUGAAGUUGGAAUCAAUCGUGGAUACAAUAUAAUAUCAUACUCUCGAUCAGGCCAACCACCAAAACUCACCACUACCCAACAACAACCAUCUUGGGUUAGUCAAGUGUCAUGGCAAAAAUGUGAUAUCUUCCACCCCCACCAAUCAAUCUCCGCCACCCAAUUGAGUCAAUUCGAUACCAUUAUCCAUUCAAUUGGAAUCUUAUUUGAAGAUGCCUCGUAUAAAAAACUGAUGAAUUCCAAUUUCGGCAUAUUACAAGAUGUACAACGAUUAGCUAAUCGUGCAAUGGGAUCCAAUCCAAUGCAGAGGGAUAAGGUGAAUCUGACUUAUGAAGCGAUUCAACGCGAUUCAGCAGUUUUGAUUGCUGAUGAGUACAUCAAUGCUAGAUUAAAUGCAGUGAAAAAGGAAAACAGUAAUAGUGAGAGUAAUGAUUUGAAUAAGGUGGUGGGUAACUAUGUAUACAUCUCAGCUGAUCAAAACCCACCCAUAGUUCCACAACGAUAUAUAAUCACCAAAAGAGAAGCUGAAUUUGAAAUAAGUAAUAAACCUCAUUUACGAAGUAUAUUAAUGAGACCAGGAAUCAUGUAUGAAGCAGGAAGUAGCUCAGAAAAUGAUGGUGGUGUCACAAAUAGAGAUGUGUUGGUGAAAGGUUUGAAGUUGGGUGUUGAUUUGAAAAAUGCUAUAUUGGGGCAUCAAUUCUUGAGUAAUGUGGUUAGGCCUGUUGUUAGUACUACUCAAGUUGCUAACACUAUAUUUGAUAAAUUAGAAGAUGAUCAAUUUAAGGGUGGAGUUGUGCCUGUGGAGGAAAUUGAACAAGAAUCAAAUUUUUAG